AUGCUACAAGAGUUUUCGCAGCUGUAUGAGACGAGGUACAGGAAGGAAUUCCCAUGGCAGUCGCACAAGAUAAAUUGCCUAGCGCAUGUCAUUAAUCUCAGAACACAGACCCUCAUAAGUACAUACAGCAAAGCGCCCCACUAUAGUCCUCAUGAUCCACACGCACACGAACCGGACACAUCUCAGAAUGAUCGGGAUGAGGUUGGCCUCAUCCGCAGUAUUUGCAUCAAGGAACGUUCAUCUGCCAAGCGGAAAGAGUUAUACAAGGCCAUUCAAACCAAGGCUGGUGUGUCUUCACCAACACAGCUGCUACUCGACAUGAAACAACAAGAGGGUGUGUUUUUCUCGUUAUUUCAUCCCAAGUUUUUGUUUUUAGUUGCACAUCAUAGCACGUCGACACAUUUGUCUAUUGUUACGACUUGGAUGGUAUCUGUUGGCGACGCUCAAACAGAGCGUGUGUCGUCAACGGUCGAGGACGUCCUUGGGCUAGCCCAAGGUUAG